ACGCCCUCCUUCGCUGUACCAGCAACCCCUCCCCCGCGUCUGCUGGCCCCACCCUGCGCCUAGGUAGUCUAACCACGCACAACGGGCUCAGUUCGCGCGCCAUCCCCCGACAAUGAGUUCCCUCAAGAAAGCACUAGAGAAACUCAAGCCAAGCCAUGGUGGUGCGGCCUCAGAUUCUGAAAAAAGCGGCGUCAAGUCGCCCGCCACGCCCAAUGGAAGGGCGCACUCGCCUGCCGCUACUCCGCGCUCAUCCGUCACGCUCGGCAACCGUCCCAGCGGUGAAUUCAAGCGCAACGAAGCGUCGUCGCCUUCGGGCAGCAGGACCAGCAUCGACCAGCAGACCCGGGGCUCUCUUAGCGGCAUCCUGCACCGCCGCACCGAGAGCCCAGGCCGCAUUGGCUCCAAGAUGACCAACAGCACCAACAGCCACCACCGCUCCGCCUCUCUUUCUGCCCACAGUCCCAUGCGCGCUGUCAAGGAGAAGCUCCACCUUGGCAACGACUCGAGCGACGAUGAUGCCCCCCUCAACCGCGACGGCGAGCCCAUGUCUCGCGGGCAGCUGCGCAAGCACGAGAAGCAGGCGCAGCAAGAGGAGCGCUACAAGCAGAACCUCGAAAAGGAGCACGAGUUGGAGCGCCGGAGGAAGGAGAUGGAGCACCAGGCUCUGACCGAGCUCACGCCAGAGCAGAGAGCCAAAUACGGCGUCAUCCCCCCCAACAGCUACGCGGGCGAGUGGAAACACGAGGCUCGCCACAAGAUCCAGGACUUUUCCGCAAAGGACGUUGGCAAGGAGGUCAUCUUCCGCGCUCGCAUCCACCACCUCCGGAAGAUGAGCUCCAAGUUUGUCUUUUUGGUGUUCCGCCAGCAGCUCGCUACAAUUCAGGGCGUGCUCUUGGAGCACGCAGACAUUUCCAAAUACAUGCUGUACUGGGCGGAGCACCUAGACGCUGAGACAGUCGUCAUCGUCAAGGGUAUCCUGCAGGAGCCCAAGGCCAAGCAGGGCGAGGUCCUCGGUGCCACCGUUCAUGACGUCGAGGUGUCGGUCCACGCUCUGCACGUGGAAGCCUCCGUCACAGACAACCUGCCAUUCAACGUCAACGAGGCCGAGGUGUCUCAGGCCGAGGUCGACGCUGAAGCUGCCAAGCUGGCAGAGGAAGACCGCAAGGAGGGACAUACCCGAGUCAAGAUUGCAGACCGCACCCGUCUGAACAACCGCGUCAUCGACCUGAGAACAACUGCCUCGCAGGGCAUCUUCCGCAUUCAGUCUGGUAUUUGCAGGCUGUUCCGUCAACAACUCGAUUCCGAGGGGUUCAUCGAAAUCCACACCCCCAAGCUGCAAGGCGGCGCAACAGAGUCUGGCGCAAGCGUGUUCAAGAUUGACUACUUUGGCCGUGGCGCUUUCCUUGCCCAGAGUCCUCAGUUGGCCAAGCAGAUGGCCAUCUCUGCGGAUUUUGGCAGGGUGUACGAGAUUGGCGCUGUGUUCCGUGCCGAGAACAGCAACACCUACCGACACUUGACGGAAUACACUGGUCUGGAUCUUGAGAUGCAGAUUGACGAGCACUACCACGAGGUCCUUCGUGUGCUGGAUCGCACGUUCAAGGCCAUAUUCAAGGGCAUCUACGAGCAGUACCGCCCUGAGAUUGAGAUUAUCAAGAAGCACUUCCCUCACGAGGAUUUGGUCUGGCUUGAUGAGACCCCCAUCAUUCCAUUCGCCGAGGGUAUCCGCAUGCUGAAUGAAUCCGGAUGGAGAGAUGACGACGGAAACGAGCUUGACGAGAACGAGGACAUGGGAACCAGGGACGAAGUCCAGCUUGGUCGUGUCAUCAAGCAGAAGCUGGGAACCGACUACUACAUCUUGGAUAAGUUCCCAGCAAACGCCCGACCCUUUUAUGCCAUGAACGAUCCAAACAACCCCAAUCUCACCAACUCGUUUGACAUCUUCUGUCGAGGCCAGGAGAUUCUCAGUGGUGGUCAACGUAUCCACGACGCCAACAUGUUGCUGGACAAGAUGCGCAAGCUCAAGAUUGACCCCAGCUCCAUGGAAGAAUACAUCCAGGCCUUCCAGUGGGGUACACCUCCCCACGGUGGUGGCGGCAUCGGUCUUGAGCGUAUUCUCAUGUUGAUGAUGGGUCUCGGAAACAUUCGCCAUGCGUCCAUGUUCCCUCGUGAUCCAAAGAGCUUGCCCGAGAAGCCGGUCAUCAAACAACUGCGUCACCCUGAAGCCAGCACCAUGCACCCGCCAUGGGAAGGACAAGACCGCGCUGUGGCCAAGAUAGACUUCCAGCCUGUUGAGAAGCUCAUCGCCAAUUACGGGGAUGCCACAAACACGUCGUGGUUGGAGCCCCGCACUGAAAUCUGGCGGGACGACACAACUGGUGCGGCUGUUGGUUUUGUGCCUCAAGAUGGCUUCGCCAUCACUGUUGGUGAUCCUCUGUGCCACGAGUCGCAGUAUCUGAAGACCAUUGCUGGUUAUCUCAAGUAUAUCAAGAAGGAGCGCAACCUCAAGCCGCUCUGGCUGCUUGUGGGAUCGGCCGUCGAGGAUGUCCUGGCGACAAAGUUCAACUGGCGCACAUUCUCCGUUACUGGAGAGCAACGUGUAGACCCUGCACACAACCCCGCCGACAAAGACUCGGAUGUGCAGCGCAAGAUCCGUCACGCUGAGAAGGAGGGCGUCAAGAUUACUGACUAUGCCAUCGGGUCGCCACCCCCGCCAGAUGUCAAGCAAAAGGUUGACGCUCGUGUGGAGGACUGGCUGAAGAACCGCAAGGGCAAACAGGUCCAUUUGACCAACAUUCACCCGUGGCAGGACGAGGAGCAUCGCCAGUACCACGUCGCGGCCACACCAGAUGGCACCAUUGUUGCCUUUGUAGCCAUGGCUCAACUGUCGCCAGACCAUGGCUGGCAAGUCAAGUACUCGCUUGACUUCCCUGGCGCACCCGGUGGCUCAAUCGAGCAGAUCGUCACCCAUGCUCUCAAGCAGGUUGCAGCAAGCGGCGCUACAAGCGUCACCUUUGGUGGUGGUGCCAGCGCCAAGUUCACUCCUGGGCACAACGUCAAGGGCACGCGUGUCAAGGUUCUUAGCCGUGCCUACCACGCAAUUGCAACGGAGCUCAAGCUCACCAACAAGACGGAGUUUCGCGAGAAACUGGGUGCGACGGACGACCCAAGUUACAUCUGCUAUCCGCCUCACGGGCUGGGCCCCAUGGCGGUCAAGGCUAUUCUGAACUUCUUCUCGGACGACGAAGAAAACAACUAAGUAUACAUUCUCUUGGAGGAUACACAGGCUAUAGGAACGAGUCAUGAAUGGAUGAUUCGAGGGCAUGAUACCACAAGGCGUUUUGCUGACAUUGGAGUGGAUGGAAGACCUGUCUGACUCAGUUGAAGACCAUUUGUAGUGGGAUGACAUUGUGUAUAGACAGUGUUGGUUUCUUAAUGUAAUACCCUUUUGAGA